CGUUUUUACUCCUUGAGUACCUCAAAUAGUAGUGGAACAAAUAGGCUUCGUCUACCAUUUCAUACAGAGCAUCACAGUUUGAAGAUUGUUUUGUUCCGUCCUCUGCCAUGUCAACAUCACGAUUUCCACCGGAAACUCCUCAUCAAACCAACAUGGGCGUCGAAAUCGCACCAAAUACUCGACGCCAGAACAGUCCAACGAAGGGUGAAACUAAAUCUGAGAAAGAGCUACCAGAUCCUGAGGGCCUGGGCAAGCUUGGAGAGGAAAUUCAGGUCCCAUCACCCAACCCACACAAUGUUUUAGGGGAUGGAAGAGUAAACGGACCAGGAGGGUUCCAUUCCGUGGACCAACAAACCGGGCCACAAGGACCUCCUUCUAAUGGCCCGGCCCAAUUAGUUGAGGAUGAUAACCAGUUCAUGGAUAAAGAUUCGGAUCAUAACUCGACUGCCGAUGUGCCAAAGAUGGACUGGACAGAGUUUGAACAGCGAUACGAGAAUGCCAUGAUAGAUGCAAACAAAGUGGAGGAUGACUUGGUUUUGGAGUUUGAAAAGCUCUCUAAGGCUUUUUUCUACUGGGCCGAAGCUUCAGCUCAGCGGGACAAUGACAGAGCAUGGAAGCGUUUGAAAACUCGAGAACGAUAUGUGCAGCUAUCCGAGCAAAGGCUGGAGCAGAAAAAGAUGCAUUAUGUCGAGGUAGUUCAGGCAUUUCAGAAAGCGCUCGCAUUAUUGAGUCGCUGAUCGGGUCACCACCUGGAAAAUCAGUCGGUAUAUUCGCAUCAUUUUGGCCCGGAGCUGGAAUAGCAUUUGCGACAGUUUAAGGGCUUGCUAAUCAUUAGGCGUUUGGUGGACGGAGUAAGGCAGGCAGGCCGACUUUCUAUUUAUUCUUACAAGAUACCCAAAUGCGAGCCCGCCUCCUACAUCACGUAUUAUUCCC